GUGGCAUACUGUAUUAUCAUCAACAAUGCCUCAAGACAACUGAGCACUAUCACUCAUCAACAGGUAUAGAUGAUAUCCACUUAUGGCAAUUCUGCUCCUCCAGUUGCUUGUGAGCUGCUUGUAUUUUCUGAGCACAGCAACAGAAAAUCACAGGUCUGCACCCAUACUGAGGACGGUGGUUCACAAAAGGAUUGUGAAUGGUGACGUGGCCCAACCAAACUACUGGCCAUGGCAGGUGUCACUGCAGUACAGGGGCAGGGAUGGCCAGUACCACCACACCUGCGGAGGCACCCUGGUCGCCAGAGACUGGGUCAUGACCGCUGCACACUGCGUUCGCAAACAAAGGAUCUGGCGUGUUGUACUGGGGGAGCACGACCUGAACUCUCACAGUGGACUGGAACAGAUCCUGAGUGUCAGACAAGUCUUCACUCAUCCCAGAUGGAACCCCAGAAAAAUCACCAAAGGACAUGACGUUGCGCUGCUGCACCUGUCAUCGAAGGCCCAGGUGAACUCUGCUGUCAGUCUGGCUACACUGCCUCCACCUGGCCAGGUGCUGAAUCACAACCACGUCUGCUACAUCACUGGCUGGGGACGCACCUCUUCUAAGGGCAGCAUCUCUGCUGUGCUAAAGCAGGCCUACCUGCCCGUCGUGGGCCUCCGCACCUGCUCUGGAUUGGGCUGGUGGGGGAGGGCAGUCAAACCCAUCAUGCUCUGUGCUGGGGGAGGCCUCAACUCUGGAUGCAAUGGAGAUUCGGGUGGUCCUCUGAAUUGCUGGGUACAUGGCAGAUACGUGGUCCAUGGCAUUGUCAGCUUUGGCUCUCUGCGUGGCUGUAACCUACGCCGCAGGCCGACUGUUUUCACCCGUGUGUCAGCAGUCCUGGGGUGGAUGCGGAGAGUAAUGCAGUAACAUAAAACACCAAGAAUACAAUGUAUAUUCCAAGCUGCAUGCUUCGAUGAUGUGCACAUACGUAUAGGCCUAUAAGUGCAUAUAUACA